CUCCAGAUCAGCGCUUGGCGUCUAGCGUCAAUUUACACCAAAACGUCUCGCGAGAUGUCAUAUUUCAUUAGAUUUGAAACAUGGCGUCGGAUGGAGAAGCGGGUAGUGCUUCUGUUGUUGAACCAGAUACUGGAGACUGUGAUGCUGGAUUUGGGGACCUGACAGGCAACAUGGACACUGAGUCAUCAAAUGGCAAAGAGGCCAUGGACACGGGUGGUGAGGGUUUGGAGGCGGCGGACACCCAGACAGGUUCUGGGGACGAGGAAAGCGGCAGGCACCAGGGAGAGGUGGAGCUGCAGUGUGCUCUCUGUAUGAAGUGGUUCACAGCCGACACCUUCAGCAUCGACACUGCGACUUGUUUGCCUUUCAUGACCAACUAUGUGUUCCAUUGUAACGUGUGUCAUCACAGCGGCAACACCUACUUCCUCAGGAAACAAGCCAACCUGAAGGAGAUGUGUCUGACUGCCCUGGCUAACCUCACAUGGAGGUCCAGGACUCAGGAAGAGCACCCCAAGACGAUGUUCUCCAAAGACAAGGACAUCAUCCCGUUCAUUGAUAAAUACUGGGAGUGUAUGACCACCCGACAGAGACCUGGAAAGCUCACCUGGCCCAACAACAUAGUCAAAGCCAUGAGUAAAGAGCGGGAUGUGUUCCUGGUGAAGGAGCAUCCAGACCCAGGCAGUAAGGACCCAGAGGAGGACUACCCCAAGUUUGGCCUGCUGGACCAGGAUCUGGGCAACAUUGGACCAUCUUACGACAACCAGAAACAGACCACCGCUGCUCCCACUCCUGGAGGGCUCAACGGUGGACCUUGUUUCUCAGGUGGUCUGGCCCCCGGCCCAGGGAAGGGUAGAGGAGCCAAGCGUAAGCAGCAGCAGCAGCAACAGGAGGGAGCCACAGCCGGAGCAGCCAAGAGAACACGCAGUGACCCUCUGUUUUCGGCCCAGCGUCUACCCCCCCAUGGUUACCCCCUGGAGCACCCCUUCAACAAAGAUGGCUACCGCUACAUCCUAGCAGAGCCGGACCCCCACGCCCCCGACCCAGAGAAACUAGAGCUGGACUGCUGGGCUGGGAAACCCAUCCCCGGAGACCUCUACAGAGCCUGUCUCUACGAGAGAGUACUGCUAGCCCUGCACGACAGAGCCCCCCAGCUGAAGAUCUCAGAUGACCGUCUGACAGUGACAGGGGAGAAGGGUUACUCCAUGGUCAGAGCCUCCCACGGUGUCAGGAAAGGAUCCUGGUACUUUGAGGUCUCCAUCGAUGAGAUGCCCCCGGACACCGCAGCCAGACUGGGCUGGUCUCAGCCCCUAGGUAACCUGCAGGCCCCUCUGGGAUAUGAUAAGUUCAGCUACUCGUGGCGCAGUAAGAAAGGGACACGCUUCCACCAGUCUGUGGGGAAACACUACUCCUCAGGCUACGGACAAGGAGACACUCUGGGGUUCUUCGUAGAACUGCCGGACGGCACUGAGACAGCCAAGGCACUGCCUGACACGUACAAAGACAAGGCGCUGAUUAAGUUUAAGAGCUACCUGUACUUUGAGGAGAAGGACUAUGUGGACAAGGCAGAGAAGAGCCUGAAGACUGUUACCCCCAGCAGGAUGCUGUUCUAUAAGAAUGGGGUGAACCAGGGUCAGGCCUAUGAGAACCUGUUUGAGGGGCUUUACUUCCCUGCCAUCUCUCUCUACAGGGGCUGCACGGUGUCCGUUAACUUUGGACCACAUUUCAAACACCCUCCAAAGGACAUCAAGUACCAGCCAAUGAGUGACAUGGGCUGGGGAGCAGUGAUCGAACACACGUUGGCUGACAUGCUGUACCACGUAGAGACGGACGUGGACGGACGACGUAGCCCGCCCUGGGAAGGAUAAAUGCACGCGCACACCAGAGCUCAACACACAGACGGCCAGUUGAGUGUCUGGACAAAGGCACGGAGGAGUCCAUUCCAGCAGAUAUAGGUGGGCUGAUGUCGACCUGAACACUGACACACUGUACUCUCUAAACAUUACCUUCAUUAGUAACUUUGAAAAAAUCCUAAUGGAUAAGAUGUGUGUGUGAUCUAAAAUAGGGAGACUUUGAUGUCAGUUGACUGAUUUUUACGUGUGUCUGAAUAUAACACUCUUAGCUUAUGAAGCACGUCCAGGUGUUUCAGCAUUGUAAAUGCAUGUACUAGUAUGCAUAAACAGUUAAAGGGAAGUGUAAAAAAAAAAAAAUUCUACUUCAUAUUCAUCUCCAGCAUCACCCCAACAUCAACAUAUGUGAAAAUGGCGCGUUUCUGUUUUGUAGUAAAAAAGAGAGAAGAAAAAGUGUUUCUAAUGACAUCAUCGGUGUGCAUCAUGUGAUUUUUAACCAAUUACGAGUAGGCAUUGCCUACUAAUUGGAAACACUUAUUUUCCUCUUUUACUACAAAACAUAACACGAAUUUUAACAUGAAGUUAAAAUUGUGAAAUGUCCCUCAAAAGGAAGGAACAAAUCUGUAGAUUGUUUUGACCCAACUAAGUUUCAAUUUAAAAUAUCUAACGUUUGUCAGCACCCCAGGUAGUCUUAUUGACAGACAUUCUAUCUUCAAAUGAACAGAUUCAGUUGCCUGUGUUCUGUUAUUUGUCGUAAAAUACUAUAUAUACACAAAAGUAUGUGGACACCCCUUCAAACUAGUGGAUUUGGCUGUUUCAGCCACACCUGUUGCUGAUAGGUGUAUAAAAUUGAGCGCACAGCCAUGCAAUCUCCAUAGACAAAAAUUGGCAGUAGAAUGACCUUACUGAAGAGCUCAGUGACUUUCAACGUGGCACCGUCAUAGGAUGCCACCUCCAACAAGUCAGUUUGUCAAAUUUCUGCCCUGCUAGAGCUGCCCCGGUCAACUGUAAGGGCUGUUAUUGGGAAGUGGAAAUGUCUAGGAGCGUUGAGCAAUAACGAAGUAUGAGGCUCAGCUGCGAAGUGGUAGGCCACACAAGCUCACAGAAUGGGACCACGAGGGCUGAAGGGUGUAGUGUGUUAUCUGUCAUUGGUUGCAACACUCACUACCGCGUUCCAAACUGGUUCUGGAAGCAACAUCAGCACAAUAACUGUUUGUCGGGAGCGUCAUGAAAUGGGUUUCCAUGGCCGAGCAGCCACACACAAGCCUAAGAUCA